AUGGUAUGAAGAAGCCUUGAUGAGUGCUGGAGAUAAGGUUCUGGAUCGUCAGAAGAGGCUCGAGGUGAACCAAGAACAAGGUACACCGAUCGAAGCUACGCUCUCUACCCGCGAGUCGCGUUAAUCAGCUCAUGCCAUCAAUCCAUCUCCACUAAGCGCGGCAUCUGUUGCUGCUGCACUGCCAGUGGUCGUAGCUAGGAUCAGCAAUGCUUUCCCCUCCGCCGCCUCCGAUGCCCACGCUGAGCAAGUGCUGCCGCUCGUCGCCGGCGCCGAAGCUGCAGCGAGCUGCGGAGACCGGGAAGAAGCCUACCUGCACCGGAGCAGCGAGGCUGCCGAUCACAAGGAGAGCCCACGCCGCCUCCCUCCUCCUCGGCCUCGCGGGAAUGGCGGUGGCGGCGCCGGCGCCGGCGCCGGUCAGGGCGGACGAUGAGAGCAACGGCGGCGAGGAGGGCGUCCUCAGCGCCAUCAAAUCCAUCUUCGACCCGAACGAGAAGACCAAGGCCGGGAAGGUGCUCCCCAAGGCGUACCUCAAGGCCGCCAGGGACGUGGUGCGCACGCUCCGGGAGUCGCUGGAGGAGGACGACGGCGGCGACAUGGCCAAGUUCCGGCGGAACGCCGACGCCGCCAAGGAGUCCAUCCGGGAGUUCCUGGGCGGGUGGAGAGGCCAGCAGACCGUCGCCGCCGAGGAGUCGUACGUUGCGUUGGAGAAGGCGAUCAGAUCACUGGCGGAGUUCUACUCCAAAGCAGGGCCCUCCGCUCCGCUCCCACAGGAUGUCAAGAACAAGAUCCUCGAUGACCUCAGUACAGCGGACGCCUACCUGUAGAUUUUGCUUUCCACAACAUUGUUCGUGCACAUCUCAACGAUGAGGAAGAAAUGAUUCUGCUCCACUAUUUCUUUUUUA